AUGGAGAACGCGUCUCGGGGCGUCUACACGAACAACGCGUCGUCCGGCGUCAAGGCGAAGAAGAACUUUCGGCACGUGCCCAACGCGCCCGAGCGCAUUCUGGACGCGCCGGAGCUGAUCGACGAUUAUUACCUCAACCUCAUCGACUGGGGCGCGUCGAACCAAGUCGCGGUCGCGCUCGGGUGCACGGUGUACCUGUGGAACGCGGAGACGGGCGACAUUCAGCAGCUGUGCCAGACGAACCAGGACAACGAGGACGAUUACGUCACGUCGGUGUCCUGGGGCGGCGACGGGAAGCACGUCGCCGUGGGCACCAACGGCGCGGAGGUUCAAAUUUGGGACGCGUCGAGGCUGAAACAGGUGCGGACGCUGCGCGGGCACAGCGCGCGCGUCGGCGCGCUCGCGUGGAACGGCACGCAGCUCGCGACGGGUUCCAGGGAUAACAACAUCAUGAUGCACGACGUGCGCGUUCGCGAGCACUGCACGGCGACGCUGACGAGCCACACGCAAGAGGUGUGCGGUUUGAAGUGGGCGCCCAGCGGGAACCAGCUCGCGUCUGGCGGGAACGAUAACUUGCUUCACAUCUACGACGCGAACAGCAUCUCGAACAGCACGCAUCUGCACAGGUUGGACGCGCACCAGGCUGCGGUGAAAGCCCUGGCGUGGUGCCCGUUCCAGAGCAACCUCCUCGCGAGCGGCGGCGGCACCGCGGAUCGGUGCAUUAAAUUUUGGAACACGAACACGGGCGCGAUGUUAAACUCGAUCGACACGCACUCGCAGGUGUGCGCGCUGCAGUGGAACAAGCACGAGCGGGAGCUCUUAUCUUCCCACGGUUACUCUCAGAACCAGUUGUGCCUUUGGAAAUACCCGACGAUGACGAAGAUGGCGGAGCUCACCGGACACACCGCGAGGGUUUUGCACAUGGCGCAGAGCCCGGACGGGACGUCCGUCGUCUCCGCCGCCGCGGACGAGACGCUGCGAUUCUGGAAGUGUUUCAGCGAGAGCGAUUCCGGGAAAGCGAAGAAGAUGAAGGAGAACUCGGAUUCGAGCGUGCUGAGGCGCUUCGCUUUCCGUUAA